AUUUCGUGGAUAGCAUCAAGAUCCUACGAUGACGCGCACUUUGUUCUUCUGUAUCUCUGAAGACGCGAAGCCUUUCGUAGCGAAGGCCUUGCGCGAAUUUAGUCCAGAGCCACAGGACUCUCCUUGUUGCUACUAUCUUGUUGAAUUGAGAGUCUGCCCCGAUUCGCCAGAACAUUUCAAAUCGGGUUUACAAGAUGGGGAAUCGUUCGAGUCCGACUUCAUCAACGCCUCGAAAGAGGAAUGCCAGAACUGGGCGCUGGACAAGUGGCGCCAGCCUGCCAAAUACAAUUUCAUCGAACAGGAAAUUAUUGCCAUCGCAGAUACAAGAACUGCUCAGGAUGGGACUCUUCUCAUGAGCCACUAUUUUGACUGUCCCCCGGACGUGUUUCCUGUCGAAGUUGACGAACAUAGCGGGCCUCUUCCGCCAAAGAACCAGACGUGGUACGAUUUCCGAGUGCACCAUACCGAUUCGCAACAACUCCAAGGUAGUCUCUUAUUUGCCGAACCAGAUGUAGCCUGCCCAUUAUUCUUCGGCUACCCAGAAAAAUUCACGAAUGAGGCUGGCGUCUUUGAAAUGAAGAAAGUGGACAAGUUUUUGGCGGACGAGGAGGUCUAACCGAGAAAACAACAACUUCAGCGCCAAAUUGAAUUUUUGAAAUAUCUCAGGUACCACGCCAGUUGGCAACUUCUCGUAAACGGCAAAUUCAAUCUAACUUCCUGCGCUACAAUUUGACACCGGUCUCGAGCAUCCUCGACCAGUAUUGCGAUGUUGCGCGCGUCAAAGGGUGUUGGGCCGGCCCCAGGGGCUUCCGGCGGCCCAUUGAAAAAUCUG